CCGGGGAAAAAAGUGGUUUCCUGAGGGUAGAGAAGUAGCCAUGUCUCGUCUUAUGUUCCAGGCGUUAUGUCUCAAGUCCACCGCGUUUUCAAUGUUUAACCUUCGAAACAUUGUUUUUGUGUCAGCGGCUUAGUUCGACAUUGGGGCGGGUUGGCUUGACCGCUGGCCGGUGCUACGCCGGGUGAGCUAAUGCUAAUGUCGGCUAGCUUUGACAAGCUAAUAAUAUCGAUAAAAACAACACCAACAUGUUCGCCAUCAUCAGCCUCGGGACUACUUUCUGAUCGGGUGUUCAUUGUUGCAAUGAGGAGCCCCAGAGUCCACCUCUGAGCGCUCCAGGCCAUGAACUCUGUUUCCCCAAGUGCAGUGCAGUACGUCGGUGGAGUGAUGCACAACGAGCUGGUGGACAGCCGGCGGCAGCAGUCCGUGGCACUGCAGGGCAGCUAUGGACCCAGACCGCCUCAGAGUCCAGACCCUGGCAUAGAAGCAACGGAGGAGCCGGAGGAAAUGGAUAAGCUUAAAGCCAAAAUUAUGUCAGCAUGGAACAAUGUCAAAUAUGGGUGGACUGUGAAAUCAAAAACCACCUUCAAUAAGAUUUCCCCAAUCACCCUCCUGGGACACUCCUACCUGCUCAACAGUGAAGAUCAAGUGGAUCAGUUUCGCAUGGACUUCGUGUCCAGGAUUUGGCUGACCUACAGACGGGAGUUCCCUCAGCUGGAGGGCUCCAGCUGGACCACGGACUGCGGUUGGGGCUGUAUGUUGCGGAGCGGCCAGAUGCUGCUGGCUCAGGGUCUCAUAGUCCAUUUGAUGCCCAGAGACUGGACCUGGCCAGAUGCUCAACAGCUCACUGACGUGGACUUUGAAGUGUUGCGAACGCGUUCACCGGCGAGGGUCGGCGGGGUCCCCAUCCCCUCUUUCGGCUCCCCGCGAGGGAACUGCACCCCUGAAAAGACCCUGCCCAGCGAUCCAACGCUCAGAUCCAGCCAGAGGAAGAGACCGGAGUCUAUAAGGGACCCACGAGCCGAGCACAUCCACCACAGGCUGCUCACCUGGUUCGGGGAUCAACCUCUAGCACCGUUUGGAGUCCACCAGUUGGUGGGAAUAGGCCGGAGUUCUGGAAAGAAAGCCGGUGACUGGUACGGCCCCUCCAUAGUGGCACAUAUACUGCGGAAAGCUCUGGCCAAAUCCACUGUUGUCCACAACCUGGCUGUGUACGUGGCUCAGGAUUGUACAGUGUACAAAGAGGACGUGGCGCACCUGUGUGACUCGUCACUCAGCCAGACUCCCCCAGAAGCCUGGAAGUCAGUCAUCAUCCUGGUGCCCGUUCGUCUGGGCGGGGAGGCCCUCAACCCAUCUUACAUUGAAUGUGUCAAGAACAUUCUAAAGCUGGAAUGUUGUAUUGGAAUCAUUGGAGGAAAACCAAAGCACUCACUCUAUUUUGUUGGCUUCCAAGACGAGCAGCUGCUGUAUUUAGACCCUCACUACUGCCAGGCCGUGGUGGAUGUCACUCAUGUCAACUUCCCACUGGAGUCGUUCCACUGUAGUUCUCCCAAGAAGAUGCCCUUCACCCGGAUGGACCCCAGCUGCACCAUCGGCUUUUACGCCAGGAACAAGAAAGACUUUGAGUCUUUGUGUUGUGCAGUUACUUUGGCCCUGUCGUCGUCCUCGGCGGAGAAGUACCCCAUCUUCACGUUUGUGGAAGGCCAGAGUCAGGACUAUGGACUGGAGGGUCAGGACUAUAGACUGGAGGGUCAUCAUGGCGAGCAAGCGCCUCACAUCCUGCCCCCGGGCAGAGCAGGUCAGGUCAAUAGCAGACGACGCAGCGAUGACUUUGUCUUCCUGUGAGUGGAGGAGGCCAUCAUCACCUGCAGGGAAGGGUAGUAGCACAUGACCUGGAAACACAAACUACUUGUCUUCUAUUUAUUUUCACCUCUCACACAUUAUGGGUUCUAUAAGCUAUCCAGGUAAGAAGUGGUCCGUUUGGUGAGAACGGUGGAUAAAGCUGUUGAGGACACCUACCACCUGUCCCAAAGUCCACUUGAAUGGACUCUCAUCCUCAAAAUGAACUGGUAAGGGACAGAAUAGACCUUUCUAGUUGAACGUGUGUGUCGGGCGUACAUCUCCAUUGUGUACGUGGUUCUUUGACUAUUUAUCAGCGGAAUGAAAGUGUGGGUGUGCACGUGGACUUUGCUGUGUUUCACUAAAGAUUGGAGAAAAAAAAUAUCUCUAAAUGUCUGAACUGCUGUAAAAAAAAAAUGUAGUUCAUAGUUUACUUUCUUUGGGACAACUCUGGAUAGUUAUGAUGCCGUGUUCUGUCCAAAUUAGUCAUGUGCGAUACAGCUGAUUUACUUCCCGAUUCGAUACCAAGUCAAAUACAGGGUCGUAUUGGCGAUACCGAUCCAAUGCUUGCUGCAAAUAUACCUAACGUCUCUGGUCAAAUUUAGAAAGCUGUGUAUUUUAAAAUAUUAACUUAUCUAUCUAUAAAAAAAAUUUUUUAAAAAAGAAGCUAAACAUUGGGAUGUAAUGAGAAAAAGCUGCAUUUUUGAAACUAAUAAUAAUAUACUUAAGUCACCUAUAACACAAAGAUUUGGCUUUUUAUAUACUGUGUGU